AUGGCAGAGGCCCAAGGUGCAGAAGGGGGAAAUGCCUCUGAAAUAGCUCGAAAGCGACCAAGAAUGCAUCAGGCUUUCCAGGACGAUGAACAAAAGGUUCUUAAAAACUAUGAAAAGAUCGAGUUCAAGGCCAAAAAAAUUCUGAACAUGUCAUAUAAGAAGAUACCCAACUCGUUCUUUCUGGAUGAGCUGCCUGGCCAGCUGAGAUAUCUCAGAGACCGCCUUGAUGCACUCAGGGCAAAGUCUGUCUUCAGCGUCACCCGCAUCGGUCUCUUUGGCAGCACCGGCGCGGGGAAGAGCACACUGCUGAACGCCCUUCUGGACAAGAAGUUCUUUCUGCCGGUCUCUGGGACACGGGCUUGCACCUCCUGCCUGGUUCAGAUCAGUACCUGCAGGAGUAAGCACUACGAAGCGAACAUUUUUCUUCUCUCAGAGGAGGAAUGGAAGGAUGAGCUGAAUAAUCUCUUCAUGCUUUUGGACUCUGAGAACGAAGACGGUGAGAGAGACGAUGACACAGAGUAUGCCAUUUGUAAGCUGCAGGCCAUUUAUGGGGAAGGAGCAGAGGGGAGAAGUUACGAAGAGCUGCUGAGAGCCAAGCCUGUGAUUACCAUUCCCUCCUCGAGACGUGUCACUCUUAGGAAAGCAGAGGCACAGGAGCUCGCUGAAGAGCUGGACCCAUAUAUCCGGAGCCAGGACAAUGACAAGGGAAGUAGCGAGAUGGACAGUGGUGACAGCAAGAUGGAAGAAAGGAGAGAAAAGAUGCGUCUUUGGCCACUGAUCAAGCACGUGGAAGUGACUCUCCCAAUGUCAGACAUGAUUCCAGAAGGUGUUGUCUUCGUGGAUAUUCCAGGGACAGGAGAUUCCAACAAAGCAAGGGAUGAAAUGUGGAAAGAGAGUAUCCUGAAGUGUUCAUCCAUCUGGAUUAUCGCUGAUGUUGAGCGUGUUUUUGCGGCCAAAGAACAUGAAAAUAUUCUACAAGAGGCAAUUAAAGCUUGCCAGGCUGGGAAGUGCAGUGAUAUCACUUUUGUGGUGACCAAGAUGGAUAAGAUGAAUACUGAAGAGUACCUGAGGUAAGCAGCAGCUCCAUCAUGUGUUCAGGACUUUAUAAGCAAGCAUGAUGCCAUCUUGGAGCAGAACAAAGAUCUGAAAGCAAGAAAGGGCAAAGCAAUAAAAGCCAGGAUGGAGAAAAAACUGCCCAUUGACUCAGAGGUACUGCAAAAGUCUGACCUGGUUUACACAGUCAGUGCCCGAGAAUACUGGAGAACUGAAAUUCUCAGCAAAGAGGAAACAGAAAUCCCCAUACUCAGAGACUACGUCAGGAAGCUCCACCUGAAUACAAUGAAGAAUCUGAUACGAGAUUAUAUGAAUGAAAUUCUUGUCGUUUUCUAUCUCAUGGAUGUUUACAACUGCAUGGAGACCGAAAGGGAUCAGCCCUUCCAGGAGGCUGAGUUAGAAGAGUACUUGAAGAUAAAGAUCCAGGAAUUGGGAACGGCAGCUGGGCGUGUUUUUGACAAGAUAGAAUUGCCUCUCCUCAAUGGGCUGAAGUCUGCCAGAAGGUUGCACAAGAGGAAUAUGGAGAAGCUCUUCAGCCAAGGCAAGAAUUCCCGCAAUUUUUACAGGACCCUAAAAGCCAUGUGUGUGAGGAAAGGAGUGUUUGUAUCCCGCGUCUUCAACCGCCUAGACAUCAACAGUCUCCUGGCGCAACCCAUCUAUGAACAUAUUGAUGUACCUUUUGGGAAAAUAUUCAGAAAACAGCGGCCCACGAAGGACAGCCUACAGUUGUUCAUCGAUGAAUUCAGCACAGAGAUAAAAAAAAAAUUCACUGAGGUUUUCAAGUGCAACAACUUGAGCAAUACAAGGCUCAACUUUCUCCGCCAAGAGAUGGACAUCAUCAUGAAAACCUUUGAAAGACAAAUUCUUUUGAAAAAGAAGACGAUCUAUGAGUCCCUUGUGUUGUGCAUCCAAAGCUGCCUUUCGCCGCAUUAUGACGAAGCAGCUAGGAUAUGCGGGAAGCAGGCAUGUGAAAAUAUAAAAAACAAACUUUCCCAGUCCAUUGAGGAGGAGGUGGUCAAGGGCAUGUUUGAAAAAGCAAAAGAGAAGAUGAUGAGCCAUUUCCAGGAUCUGAAGGUGGAUAUGACCACGAAGCUGGAGAAGGACUUUUCUGACAUGCUCAGCCUCACCUUGUGUCCGUGGGAAAAGAUGUGCCUGAGGCUGCCAGUUUUUGAUCAAGAACGCCAAGAAAUUGAGAGUUUGUGCAAAAGUCUCCAUGCUGACUGAAAACCUGCUGGAAGUCUUCCCUUCCCCC